CUCGCUCCCUCAGCCCUCCGAGGGUCGAUCUCACCCAGUUCAUUUCAGUUUCUGAGCCUGCGGCAGGGAUUCUCCAGAGGGGAAGGCAACUAGGGCGUGUUGGACGACUAAUGACAUGCAGCCCUGGAUUUCGUCACCUGUGUGCACCCCCGGAAACACCCAUUUUCACAAUCAACUCACCGCAGAUUCGAUCCCGGCUCGCGCCACAAUUCAACUCCCUUCCGCUAUCUGGCUUUGUGUGUGUUUUUAAGGAGAGCAGGCGAGUGGGAAAGUAUCGGAUAAAACACACAGUACCCGCUACCGUCAGCCGUCCUCGCCACAUCCCCGCUGCGCUCUGCUGUUUGCGGAAGCCGGUCAGUCACACAGCCGGACUGCGCUCUCACACUGACUGACUCCGCAGACAGCGGUAGAAACAUAGUCCCAUGCUCACAAGGCCCUAAAAUCUCUGAUCACUGUGCUGCUGCUGGCUGGCAGGACAGAAGUCCAACGUCACCACGUCCAAAUAAACACAUCAUCUCUUACUGUAAACAAAAGUCAUAAAACAGUGCAAGAAGUGAAACGAAAGUGAAAGACAAACCCACAUUUAUGGAAUUUCCUCUCAAAGCCUGAAGCAGAGUGAACUCACAGCGUGCACUCUUGGAGGAAGCUGGAGAUAAUUUAACCAACAUGCAGUAUCAGUGGGCUGAAGAUGACUUUGAUCUGCCCGAUGGGGUAGGUCGACUGGACCUCCCUGCGCCAGUUAGUGAUAAAAAAUAUGUCAUGUACCACGGCACCACCAGGCAGAGUGCUCAGUCCAUCCUGGCCACAGGUUUUCGGCAGUCUGCAGACGGGAUGCUCGGCCCCGGCGUCUACCUCAGCAGAGACCUGCAGAAAGCUAGCCGCUAUCCCAUUAAUCACCCUGAGUAUGACAAGGUCGUCAUUAGGGUUGAGGUCAACGUGGGGAAAGUGAUCACCAUCAAUCGUCAAGGCCACCCUCGUCAGAAGACCUGGCAUGACUCCAGAUACGCCGAUGUGUAUGACACCGCCUGGGUACCACCUGGGUGUGGAAUGGUGCCGAGCGAUUUGGAGGAGGAUUGUGUCUGGGAUCCCAAUCAAAUCAAGAUCAUGAGUACCAUCAUCCCCCACCAAGUCCAAGCCUUCUAUGGAUAUGGUGCACAGGGCUACAUGUUUCCAUUUUUACACAUGCAGUGGGCUGAAGAUAACUUUGAUCUGCCCGAUGGGGUAGGUCGACUAGACCUCCCUGCGCCAGUUAGUGAUAAAAAAUAUAUCAUGUACCAUGGCACCACCAGGCAGAGUGCUCUAUUCAUCCUGGCCACAGGUUUUCGGCAGUCUGCAGACGGGAUUCUCGGCCGUGGCGUCUACCUCAGCAGAGACCUGCAGAAAGCUAGCCGCUAUCCCAUGAAUCACCCUGAGUAUGACAAGGUCGUCAUUAGGGUUGAGGUCAACGUUGGGAAAGUGAUCGCCAUCAAUCGUCAAGGCCACCCUCGUCAGAAGACCUGGCAUGACCCCAGAUACGGCCCGGUGUAUGACACCGCCUGGGUACCACCUGGGUGUGGAAUGGUGAGGAGCGAUUUGGAGGAGGAUUGUGUCUGGGAUCCCAAUCAAAUCAAGAUCAUGAGUACCAUCAUCCCACGCCCAGUCCAAGCCUGCUUUGGAUAUGGUGCAUGGGGCUACAUCCUAAAGGUCCUUAUAAAAAGCAAAGUGAACUCGCAGCCUGCACUCUUGGAGGAACCUGGAGAGAGUGAUACUGAAACCAACAUGCAGUACCAGUGGGCUGAAGAUGACUUUGAUGUGCCUGAUGGGGUAGGUCGACUGGGCCUCUCUGAGCCAGUUAAUAAUAGACAGUAUGUCAUGUACCAUGGUACCACCAGGCAGAGUGCUCAGUCCAUCCUGGCCACAGGUUUUGAGCAGUCUGCAGGCGGGAUGCUCGGCCGCGGCGUCUAUCUCAGCAGAGACCUGCAGAAAGCUAGCCGCUAUCCCAUUGAUCACCCUGAGUCUGACAAGGUCGUCAUUAAGGUUAAGGUCAAUGUGGGGAAAGUGAUCGCCAUCAAUUAUCAAGGCCACCCACAUCAGAAGAAUUGGCAUGACUUCGGCUAUGACACCGCCUGGGUACCACCAAAGUGUGGAAUGGUGAGAAGUGGUUUGGAGGAGGAUUGUGUCUGGGAUCCCAAAAGAAUCAAGAUCAUUAGCACCAUCAAACCACGCCCACUCCAAGCCCCACGCCCAGUCCAAGCCUCCUAUGGAUGUAGUGCAUGGGGCCAUAUGUGAGCUCUAUGAACUGCUCCCAAUUUAUUUUGUAUGCUCAAAUGUAUUAUAUAUAUUUGGAUAAAAAGUAAAUGACGCUGCAUUUUGUUACUGUGUCAUUGUAACCUGGAAAAUAAAUGUUAAAUCUGA